CCUCCCACACUCAGCUAGCUUGUUAGCUCACAAUGGCAGGCACUAAACUCGUAGCUCUUGGUUUCAUUGUUCUCUUGAGCAUUGGAUUAGCCAAUGCUUCAAGAGUGGCAAGAUACUCAAGUGCCCAAGGAUCAGGCAGUGGUAGUGGAGAGGGGUCAGGAUCUGUGAAUGGUGGGGGAUCCGGGGGCGGAAGUGGUACGGGAUCUGGUCAGAGUGGUUAUAAUGGUGCACACGCAAGUGGUGGAGGCAGAGGGGGCGGCGGUGGCGGUAGCCAGUAUGGUGGAUCAGGGUCUGGUAGUGGGUCAGGCUCGGGCUCAGGCUCUAGUCAGUAUAGUUCAAAUUAUUAUGGCUCUGGUGGUGAAUAUUCUAGUGCAGGCGGUAGCGGUGGCGGUGGUGGCGGAGGACAAGGCAAUGGAAAUUAUGGGUCAACUGGACAAGGAUCUGGUAGCGGUACUGGUUCUGGCUAUAGUGACGCUAAUUCUAACUACUGGCGUGGACCAAGUUAUGCAAAUGCAAAUGCUGGUGGCUAUGGUAAUGGUAAUGGCUAUGGACAAAAUGGUGGUAGCGGUGGCGGCGGAGGUUCAGGGAGUGGCUAUGGUGAUGCCAAUCCUUAAUUUCCUUUAUACUGGAAAUUAUGAAAACUUGAAGCCCAACCUAGUCCGUGCCAUGUCAAUGUUGUGAAAUUUGUUUUUCUUUUUUUUUUCACACCUGUUUUAUGCAUCACGUUUCAAGAAAUAAAGGGCUUCAUGUAAAGUUUCUGCCAAUGCAGUAACAUGUAACAAAUUAGGAGAGAUAUUGCAUAACUGUGGUGAAAAUUAUAUUAUUUAACCAAUCUGAUCA